CACACGGUCUAUGCAUCACCGAUACACCUGCAUGCAUCACGUCACACACGUGCCAUGAUGUCCGUGACUCCCAAACCAAGCGCAAACAGCUUGGCUGGCCAUCUGUCUAUCUAGUGGCCUUGGGUUCAGCCACAAAUGUCUUGAUCGUCCCAAAACCCAUCGUUUCAACACCCAACACCUACACACACACACACACACACAGACACAUAUGCAUCCUUCCGUGUGUAAGAGUGCCAUCCAUUCAUCCAUCCACCCAUCCACUUACCGUAAAUCCGGCUUUUUCGAUCAUGUAGCAGAAGUCGUCUUGUUUGGGGAAGGCCUGGAUGCUGUCCAGCAAGUGGCGGUACUCGCGCCGCCUCCCAGACAGCCACACACCUAUCAGCGCAUUCAACCGGAUGAACCAACGCGUCAGACGGGCCAGCAGACCUGAAGAGGUUCACACACGUGUACGGAUGGGCACAUCGGUGGGUGUGGCAUCGUGUGUGGUGACUGACUGACCGUUUCCCGUGGAAUCUGAUAUCUCUUGUAUUGCCAGCCUUUUGCCCUGCUCCUUCUUGAUGACAUGAUGGAACUUCUCCAGCGCCGUGAUGCGCGACGCCGCCGGCACGUUGCGAAUGCCCGAAAGAGAUGGAGAUCUGACAGGCACAGCAAGUCGUGCACACAACACGUUUCUGGAUCGUGUCUGUGUGUGUGCGUACCUUGUCGAAUGAGCUGUCCUCAUAUUGCAGGGCGAGUGUGUCGCCCAGCUCAAGGCGAACAGUGUCG